AUGUACAAGCAAUCCAUGGCGCAGCGGGCCCGGACCAUGGCCUUGUACAACCCCAUCCCCGUGCGCCAGAACUGCCUCACCGUCAACCGCUCCCUCUUCCUGUUCAGCGAGGACAACGUGGUGAGGAAAUACGCGAAAAAGAUCACCGAAUGGCCUCCCUUUGAAUAUAUGAUCUUAGCCACCAUCAUAGCGAACUGCAUCGUUCUCGCUCUGGAGCAGCACCUGCCGGACGAUGACAAGACGCCUAUGUCGGAGAGAUUGGAUGACACGGAACCAUAUUUCAUUGGAAUUUUUUGUUUCGAGGCUGGAAUUAAGAUCAUCGCCCUGGGGUUUGCCUUCCACAAAGGCUCCUACCUGAGGAACGGCUGGAACGUGAUGGACUUUGUCGUGGUGCUAACGGGUAUCUUGGCCACCGUUGGGACGGAGUUUGACCUGCGAACUCUGAGGGCAGUUCGGGUUCUACGGCCGCUCAAGCUGGUGUCUGGAAUCCCAAGUUUACAAGUCGUCCUGAAGUCGAUCAUGAAGGCCAUGGUUCCCCUGCUGCAGAUCGGCCUCCUCCUGUUUUUUGCAAUCCUUAUUUUUGCAAUCAUAGGGUUAGAAUUUUAUAUGGGGAAAUUUCAUACCACCUGCUUUGAAGAGGGGACAGAUGACAUUCAGGGCGAGUCUCCGGCCCCGUGCGGGGUAGAGGAGCCAGCCCGCACCUGCCCCAACGGGACCAGCUGCAAGCCCUACUGGGAGGGCCCCAACAACGGCAUCACGCAGUUCGACAACAUCCUGUUCGCGGUGCUCACCGUGUUCCAGUGCAUCACCAUGGAAGGGUGGACCGACCUCCUCUACAACAGCAACGACGCCUCAGGGAAUACUUGGAACUGGUUGUACUUCAUCCCCCUCAUCAUCAUCGGCUCCUUUUUUAUGCUGAACCUCGUGCUGGGCGUCCUGUCAGGAGAAUUUGCCAAAGAGAGAGAGCGGGUGGAGAACCGGCGGGCUUUCCUAAAGCUCCGUCGGCAGCAACAGAUCGAGCGUGAGCUCAACGGGUACAUGGAGUGGAUCUCCAAGGCCGAAGAGGUCAUCCUCGCUGAGGAUGAGACAGACGUGGAGCAGAGGCACCCCUUUGAUGCCCUGCGGAGAGCCACUAUCAAGAAGAGCAAGACAGACCUGCUGAGCCCGGAGGAGGGAGAGGACCAGCUGGCUGACAUUGCCUCCGUCGGGUCUCCCUUUGCCCGGGCCAGCAUUAAGAGUGCCAAGGUGGAGAACUCCACCUUUUUCCACAAGAAGGAGAGGAGGAUGCGCUUCUACAUCCGCCGCAUGGUGAAAACUCAGGCCUUCUACUGGACUGUGCUCAGCCUCGUAGCCCUCAACACGCUGUGCGUCGCGAUUGUUCACUACAACCAGCCCGAGUGGCUCUCCGACUUCCUCUACUAUGCAGAAUUCAUUUUCUUAGGACUCUUUAUGUCCGAAAUGUUUAUAAAAAUGUACGGGCUUGGGACGCGGCCUUAUUUCCAUUCGUCCUUCAACUGCUUUGACUGUGGGGUCAUCAUCGGCAGCAUCUUCGAGGUCAUCUGGGCAGUCAUCAAGCCGGGGACGUCCUUCGGGAUCAGCGUGUUACGAGCUCUCAGGUUAUUGCGCAUUUUCAAAGUCACAAAGUACUGGGCGUCUCUCAGAAACCUCGUGGUGUCUCUUCUGAACUCCAUGAAAUCUAUCAUCAGUCUCUUGUUCCUCCUCUUCCUCUUCAUCGUCGUCUUCGCCCUCUUGGGAAUGCAACUCUUUGGUGGCCAAUUUAACUUCGAUGAUGGGACUCCCCCCACCAACUUUGACACCUUCCCGGCGGCCAUCAUGACAGUGUUUCAGAUCCUGACCGGGGAGGACUGGAACGAGGUGAUGUAUGACGGGAUCAAGUCUCAGGGCGGGGUGCAGGGGGGCAUGGUCUUCUCCAUCUACUUCAUCGUCCUCACUCUCUUCGGAAACUACACCCUCCUCAAUGUUUUCUUGGCCAUCGCUGUGGACAACCUGGCCAACGCCCAGGAGCUCACCAAGGACGAGCAAGAGGAGGAGGAGGCAGCCAACCAGAAGCUCGCCCUGCAGAAAGCCAAGGAGGUGGCGGAAGUGAGUCCCCUGUCUGCAGCCAACAUGUCCAUAGCUGUGAAGGAGCAGCAGCGGAACCAGAAGGCGGCCAAGUCGGUGUGGGAGCAGCGCACGAGCGAGAUGCGCAAGCACAACCUGCUGGCGAGCCGCGAGGCGCUCUACCCCGAGCUGGCGGCCGACGAGCGCUGGAAGGCCACGUACGCGCGCCACCUGCGGCCCGACGUGAAGACGCACCUGGACCGGCCGCUCGUGGUGGACCCGCAGGAGAACCGCAACAACAACACCAACAAGAGCGGCCCCGACGGUGGCGAGCGCAGGAGGCGACACCGGCACGGAGCCCCGGCCAACUACGACCAGGACGCCAGGAGGGACGACAAGGAGCGCCGGCACCGCCGGAGGAAAGACAACCAGGGCUCAGGGGUCCCGGUGUCUGGCCCCAACCUAUCGACCACCCGGCCGAUCCAGCAGGACCUGGGCCGCCAAGACCCCCCGCUGGCCGAGGACAUCGACAAUAUAAAGAAUAACAAACUGGCUACCGGGGAAUCGGCCAGUCCCCACGACAGCUUGGGCCACCCGGGCGGCGGCUCCCACAGCCCGGCCAAGAUGGGAAACAGCAUGGAGCCCGGGCCCGCACCCACGCCGUCCACCACGGCCACCAACCCCCAGAACACCACCAGCCGCCGCACGCCCAACAACCCGGGGAACCCCUCCAACCCUGGGCCCCCCAAGACCCCCGAGAACAGCCUUAUUGUCACCAACCCCAGCAGCGGCCACAAUUCAGCCAAGCCUGCCCGGAAGCCCGACCACACUGCGGUGGACAUCCCGCCCGCCUGCCCACCCGCCCUCAACCACACCGUGGUCCAAGUGAACAAAAAUGCCAACCCAGACCCCCCAUCCCAGAAGGAGGAAGAGAAGAAGGAGGAGGAAGACGACUCCGGGGAAGAUGGCCCCAAGCCCAUGCCCCCAUACAGCUCCAUGUUCAUCCUGUCUACAACCAACCCCCUUCGCCGCCUGUGCCAUUACAUCUUGAACCUGCGCUACUUUGAGAUGUGCAUCCUGGUGGUCAUCGCCAUGAGCAGCAUCGCGCUGGCUGCCGAGGACCCGGUGCAGCCCAACGCCCCGCGGAACAACGUGCUGCGGUAUUUUGACUACGUCUUCACAGGCGUGUUUACCUUCGAGAUGGUCAUCAAGAUGAUCGACCUGGGACUUGUCCUGCAUCAGGGCGCCUACUUCCGGGAUCUGUGGAACAUUCUGGACUUCAUUGUGGUCAGUGGGGCCCUGGUGGCCUUUGCCUUCACAGGCAACAGCAAAGGGAAGGACAUCAACACCAUCAAAUCCCUCCGCGUGCUCCGGGUGCUGCGGCCUCUCAAAACCAUCAAGCGCCUGCCGAAGCUCAAGGCGGUGUUCGAUUGCGUGGUGAACUCCCUGAAGAACGUCUUCAACAUCCUCAUUGUAUACAUGCUCUUCAUGUUCAUCUUUGCCGUGGUGGCUGUCCAGCUGUUCAAAGGAAAGUUUUUCCACUGCACAGAUGAGUCCAAGGAGUUUGAGAAAGACUGUCGGGGCAAGUACCUCCUGUACGAGAAGAACGAGGUGAAGGCCCGGGACCGGGAGUGGCGCAAGUACGAGUUCCACUACGACAACGUGCUGUGGGCGCUGCUCACCCUCUUCACCGUGUCCACGGGGGAAGGCUGGCCGCAGGUCCUCAAGCAUUCAGUGGACGCCACGUUUGAGAACCAGGGCCCCAGCCCCGGGUACCGCAUGGAAAUGUCCAUCUUCUACGUGGUCUAUUUCGUGGUCUUCCCCUUCUUCUUUGUCAACAUCUUCGUGGCCUUGAUUAUCAUCACUUUCCAGGAGCAAGGGGAUAAGAUGAUGGAGGAGUACAGCCUGGAGAAAAAUGAGAGAGCCUGCAUCGACUUUGCGAUCAGCGCCAAGCCACUCACCCGGCACAUGCCUCAGAACAAACAGAGUUUCCAGUACCGGAUGUGGCAGUUCGUGGUGUCCCCGCCCUUCGAGUACACGGUCAUGGCCUUGAUCGCCCUCAACACCAUCGUGCUGAUGAUGAAGUUCGACGGAGCCUCCGCGGCUUACGAUAACGCUCUGAAGGUGUUCAACAUCGUCUUCACCUCCCUCUUCUCUCUCGAGUGCGUGCUGAAAGUCACGGCCUUUGGGAUUUUGAAUUACUUCCGCGAUGCCUGGAACAUCUUCGACUUCGUGACUGUUCUGGGCAGCAUCACGGACAUCCUGGUCACCGAGUUUGGGAAUAACUUCAUCAACCUGAGCUUCCUCCGCCUCUUCCGGGCCGCGCGGCUCAUCAAGCUCCUGCGGCAGGGCUACACCAUCCGCAUCCUCCUCUGGACCUUCGUGCAGUCCUUCAAGGCCCUGCCCUAUGUCUGCCUGCUGAUCGCCAUGCUUUUCUUCAUCUACGCCAUCAUCGGGAUGCAGGUGUUUGGCAACAUCGGCAUCGACAUGGAGGACGAGGACAGUGACGAGGACGACUUCCAGAUCACCGAGCACAACAACUUCCGGACCUUCUUCCAGGCCCUUAUGCUUCUCUUCCGGAGCGCCACCGGCGAGGCCUGGCACAAUAUCAUGCUGUCCUGUCUCAGUGGGAAGCCAUGCGACAGGAACUCCGGCAUCCUCACGGCUGAUUGCGGCAAUGAAUUUGCUUAUUUUUAUUUUGUUUCCUUCAUCUUCCUCUGUUCCUUUCUGAUGCUGAAUCUCUUUGUGGCUGUCAUCAUGGACAAUUUUGAGUACCUCACCCGUGACUCCUCCAUCCUGGGGCCGCACCAUCUGGACGAGUACGUGCGGGUGUGGGCCGAGUACGACCCCGCCGCCUGGGGCCGCCUGUCUUACCCGGACAUGUAUCAGAUGUUAAGACACAUGUCUCCGCCCUUGGGUCUGGGGAAGAAAUGUCCGGCCAGAAUGGCUUACAAGAGGCUCCUACGGAUGGAUCUGCCCGUGGCCGACGACAACACGGUCCACUUUAACUCCACCCUCAUGGCGCUGAUCCGCACGGCCCUGGACAUAAAGAUCGCCAAGGGUGGAGCCGACAAGCAGCAGAUGGACGCGGAGUUGCGGAAGGAGAUGAUGGCCAUUUGGCCCAACCUAUCACAGAAGACGCUGGACCUCCUGGUGACUCCACACAAGUCCACGGAUCUGACGGUGGGGAAAAUCUACGCUGCCAUGAUGAUCAUGGAAUACUACCGCCAGAGCAAGGCCAAGCGGCUCCAAGCCAUGCGGGAGGAGCAGAACCGGACGCCGCUCAUGUUCCAGCGCAUGGAGCCCCCGUCCCCGACGCAGGAGGGGGGGCCCGGCCAGAACGCCCUCCCCGCUACCCAGCUGGACCCGGGCGGAGGCUUGAUGGCUCACGAAGGCGGCAUGAAGGAGAGCCCGUCGUGGGUGACGCAGCGGGCCCAGGAGAUGUUCCAGAAGACGGGCACGUGGAGCCCGGAGCGAGGGCCCCCCGCCGACGGGCCCAGCGCCCAGCCCAACUCGCAGUCGGUGGAGAUGCGUGAAAUGUGCACGGAAGGCUACUCGGACGGCGAGCACUACCUCCCCAUGGAGGGCCAGGCCCGCGCCGCCUCCAUGCCCCGCCUCCCCGCCGAGAACCAGAGGAGAAGGGGCCGGCCACGUGGGAAUAACCUCAGCACCAUCUCGGACACCAGCCCCAUGAAGCGCUCGGCCUCCGUGCUGGGCCCCAAGGCGCGGCGGCUGGACGACUACUCGCUGGAGCGGGUGCCGCCCGAGGACGCCCCGCGCUUCCACCACUUGGCCAUUAUUAUUACCCUUCUUUCCCAUGCUGAGGAUGGAGCCCAGAGCCUGCAAGUGCUCUGCGACCCAACCACAUCCCUGGCCCUCAACCCUUUCCAGGAACCAAAGAGACAAGAACAAUUUUACUGUCCCCAAACUGCAGCACGAGAGAGGUAA